CGUUUGGAUGACCUAAUGGGGGGGAAGAAGAAGAAAUCGCCACCGCAAGCAAGUGCUCCAGCCGCACCGGGGAAUGGAGUGGUCGAGGAGCCGAGGAAACAGGCAGCCACCAGCAAGCCGGCUAAAGACAGCAAAUCUAAAGCUCCGAAGACCUACAGUCUUACCAACACCGCCCAGGUGGACACUGGUGGGGUCUCCGAUAAGUCCAUUCUUAAAGUUGCUAUCCAAGCUGACCUGGAGAAGAAGAUUAUCAAAUUGAUCAAUGAGUUCAGACAGGAGAAUGGCGACAAGGGGCCCAUAUCAGGAAGACUUACAAGCAAGAAGUUGCUGGACCUGUACACAGCUCUACAGAAGUUUAACUUUAAAAGGGAGCACAUUGAAGAGGCGAUGAAGAGUAGCAUCCUGUACGGAGGAGAUCUCCAUUCUGCUCUCGACUGGCUCUGCCUCAACCUUAAAGAUGAGGAGCUGCCAGAUGGUUUUAGCCAGCAGAUGCAGGAGGAGAGUCAGAAGAACCGGCCUCGAUUUCAGCCUCCAGUCCAGCAGAAACCUGCAGCUCAGGACCCUAAAGUGUCAAACAACACCACCCGCAGAGAGAUCACCAAGGCCACAGAGAAGGAUGAAGCUGCCAGCAUGAAGGAUUGGAUCUUAAGGUAUGCAGAACAAAGCAGUGAAGAGGAGGAAGAGGAAGGUGGGAAGAAGACAUGCAAUCCUGAACUGGAAGAGAAGUUUGAUCCAAAUGACAGGUAUUUGAUACUGACUGUUCAGCUGUUUGACGCUAAAGAAAUGGCAGCUGCUGCCAAGACCAAAGCAGACAAGGCGGGGCAGAGGAUGGCACAGGACAGGAUACGCAUCAUACAGCAAGAAAUGAAGCAGCUGGAGUCCCACCCUAUGUUCAAUCCAGCCAUAAAAGUGGUGGACGCCCCUCAAAAAGAAAAGAAAAUACUUCCUGCGAAGGAGGACAAAGAAGAGCUCGGCUUUAGUUUAUUUGAACAAGCUGAGAAGGACCCGCCGGCUGAGAAAGUUGUGAAGAAGAAUGAGCCCAAGGACAUCCGCAACUUUGACUACACGGCUCGCAGCUGGACCGGAAAGUCUCCCAAACAGUUCCUUAUUGACUGGGUCCGAAAGAACCUGCCAAAAAGCCCGCCGCCUGCUUUUCACAAGGUUGCUUGCGGCAGAUACUGGAGAUGCAAAGUGCGUGUUCAGAGGCCAGAUGAUGUUCUGGAAGUUUGUCCCACCAUCCUGACAGAGGACAGCAUGCAAGCUCAACAUCUGGGAGCCACUCUGGCACUCUACAACCUGGUUAAAGGACAGUCGGUGCACCAGCUGCUUCCUCCAACCUACAGAGAUGUGUGGCUGGAGUGGAGAGACAGCGAGCAGCAGCAAGAGGAGGAGAGCCGCACUGCUGCCAACAAACCUCGAGACCAGUUCAUCUCCCGCCUGCUGACCAGACUCAAACAGCAGCAGAACCAGAGCCAACGGCAGGAGUCUCAGUCCCAAGGUAAGCAUGCAUCGAGCGCAGAUGGUGAUGAAGAGCCAGAAGAAUCAUGGGAGAAUUUGGCCGGUCUCGAUAUCGGGGAGAAAAGACAAGAGCAGGAGGACAAGAGUGAGAAAAGAGGUGGGAGGAGGGAGGUAGCUGAUCUGGAGGCAGCCAGAGAGCUCUUAUUAAAGCUGAAGAAGUCACCGCUCGCCCGCAAACUGCAGGCAGAGCGAGAGCAGCUUCCCGUCUUUCAGCACCGACAUCGAGUCCUUGAGGCUUUGCAGCGCCACCCUGUGGUGGUGGUGGCCGGCGAGACUGGUAGUGGGAAGAGCACUCAGAUUCCUCAGUUCCUCCUGGAGGACCUGUUGACCGGGGGAACAGCGGCACAGCCCUGCAACAUCGUGGUGACUCAGCCACGCAGAAUAUCUGCCAUGAGUCUGGCGUGCAGAGUCAGCCAGGAGCUAGGCUGUGAGGAUGGACCAGGGUCAAAGUCGUCAUUGUGCGGGUACCAGAUCCGGAUGGAGAAUCAGUCCGGAGACUGGACGCGCCUGCUGUACUGUACCACUGGAGUUCUGCUGAGGAAGCUACAGCACGACCGGCACCUCACCUCUCUCACUCACAUCAUCGUAGACGAGGUCCAUGAGCGCAGUGUCCAGUCAGACUUCCUGCUAACCAUCCUAAAGGAUGUUGUGAUGAAGAGAUCUGAUCUGCAGCUGAUCCUCAUGAGUGCCACGGUGGAUUGUGACAAGUUCUCCAACUACUUCAACCGCUGCCCAGUGAUCAGCAUUCCUGGCAGGACCUUCCCAGUGGAGGUGUUUCAUUUGGAGGACAUAGUGGAGCAGACGGGAUACGUCUUAGAAAAGGACUCAGAGUACAGCCAGAAAAUUCUUGAAGAAGAAGAGGAAGUGACAAUCUCUGUCACACAAAAAGGUGGCAAGACUUUGCAGCACCAGGAAGUGAUAGUGAGGGACUCGUCCUCGGGCUGGGACCUGGGUCCUGACCUCGACCACUUCAGCAGCAGGACCCGACAUGUGCUGCAGUAUAUGAACCCUAAUAAGGUCAACAUGGACUUGCUUGUUGACCUCAUAGACUACCUAGACAAAGCUCCACAGUUUGUGGAUGUGGAUGGAGCCAUUCUCGUGUUCCUGCCAGGUUUGGCUCAUAUCCAGCAGCUGUUCGACCUGCUGUCCUCAGACAAGAGGUUUCGGGAUAAAACCAGGUACCGGAUUGUUGCUCUACACUCGACCCUCUCAUCGAAGGAUCAGGCCGCUGCCUUUACAGUGCCCCCUAGUGGGGUUAGAAAGAUAGUGUUGUCGACUAACAUUGCCGAGACAGGUGUGACGAUUCCUGAUGUUGUGUUCGUCAUCGACACUGGGAAGACCAAAGAAAAUAAGUAUCACGAGAGCAGCCAGAUGAGUUCCCUGGUGGAAACGUUUAUUUCCAAAGCCAGCGCCCUCCAGAGGCAGGGAAGAGCAGGACGUGUCAGAAAUGGCUUCUGCUUCAGGCUCUAUCCAAAAUACAGGUUUGAUAUCUUCAUGGAUUACUCCAUUCCAGAGAUUCUGCGGGUCCCACUUGAGGAGCUUUGUCUCCAUAUCAUGAAAUGUCAGUACGGCUCCCCGGAGGACUUUCUGAGCCGCGCCCUGGAUGCUCCUCAGCCCCAGUCGGUCAGCAAUGCUGUAAACCUGCUGAGGAAGAUCGGAGCGUGUCACCCUGAUGAUCACAUCCUCACCCCUCUUGGACACCAUUUGGCGAGCCUGCCGGUUAACGUGAAGAUCGGCAAGAUGCUCAUCUACGGAGCCAUCCUGGGCUGCCUGGAGCCCAUAGCAAUCAUCGCGGCAGCCAUCACAGAGAAGUCUCCUUUCUUCACACCAAUGAAUAGAAAAGAAGAAGCGAACCUGGCCAAAGCUGCACUGGCAAUAGCCAACUCCGAUCACCUGACCAUCUACAACGCAUACCUGGGGUGGAAGAACUCACAGACUGACGGCUCGAGAGGAGAAAUGUCCUACUGUAGGAAACAUUUUCUUAAUCGAACGGCUCUCAUUACAAUAGAGGAUGUGAAGCGCGAGCUGAUGAAGAUGAUGGAGCAGGUGGGUUUCUGGUCGUCUCGCUCCUCGUCCUCAUCCAGCUUAAAGCCGCAGGCGGCCUCUAUGUCCAAGCAGCAGAUCUCUGUCCUGAAUGCUGUGCUGACUGCUGGACUCUAUGACAACGUGGCCCGGGUUUUAUGUACCCCUUCUGUGGACGUGCUUGAGCGUGUGGCCUGCACAGUGGAGACGCCUCAGGGCAAGGCUCAGGUCCACUUUUCCUCUGUUAACCGCAACCUGCAGACGCACGGCUGGCUGCUGUACCAGGAGAAGGUGAAAUACACCAAGAUCUACCUUCGAGACACCACUCUGAUUUCUCCUUUCCCCAUGCUGCUGUUUGGAGGCGACAUUGAUGUUCAGCACAGAGAGAGGCUCAUCACCUUGGAUGGAUGGAUUCAUUUCCAGGCUCCUGUGCGGAUCGGUGUGAUCUUCAAACACUUGAGAAGGUUGAUGGACUCUUUGCUUGAAAGGAAGCUGGAGAACCCGAGGAUGAAUUUGGAGGGUGAGGCGACAAUCCGGAUAAUUCUGGAUCUGAUCAAGUCAGAGUAUGCUGCGUAACAACAAAGCAACUGAGGAUCUGAACCCCACUCCACCAUGCAGAAUAAACACCGUUACGAUGCGUAGCAGCCAGUGGACAGAGGAAGUGACCCUUCCCAGGAACUCUUUACUCACAUUGAGGAGGACUGUACAAUUUGAGAUGCAUAAAGUCAUGUUGAAAUGUACGGAAAAAAAAAGCAAACAAGACCACAAAUAAAAUAAAGCUGAUUUGUUUUAUAUUUGAAA